UCGUUAGUAUGUGUUGUUUGUGGUCGAGGCGAACGUAUUUCAUGCGCGUCUAAUUCUCCUAAUUAUUUUUGUGAAUGGAAAAAGUAGAUCUGAAAUCUUGAUAUAAUUUAUUUGUUUCUUAUAAAUAAGAAAAUAAAUAAUUAGAUGUUGGUUAUUUCGUUUACAUACUAAAAAGCUGGGUAAACAUAUUCCACCAUCGGUUCGACUCCAUUGACAAUAUCCUUGUUUAUAAAUAUUGAUUUGUUGAAAAUCUUUUUUCCUACCUCUCUUUUGUCUUGAAUUGUUUAGUGCGAUGUAGUUAAGGGAAGGAAGUGUUAAAGAUAACAAUUACCUUUGUGAAAAUGCAACAGUUGUCCGAUUUUCGCGAUGACGAUUUUUAAUGUUCAGUGUUAUGUGCUUGUCUAGUGUUUCGUGUUUUCAGUGAUUUCAUGGUGAAAUUUUAAGCAUUUUGACAAUGGAGGGGACUACAGAGAAGGACUGUUCUCCCUUGUGGAGUCUUUACCAGCAAAUAGUGGCAGACAUGAAGAACAGCGCACCUAUGUGGGAGGAAUUCAUAUCGAAAGCUACGAAAUUACAUUCCGCAUUGAAGUCAGCCCUAGUAGCAGUUGCUGCAUUCCUUGAUGCAUUCCAGAAAAUUGCUGAUGCGGCCACAAACGCUAGAGGGGCGACAAAAGAAAUUGGGACGGCGCUUACAAGAGUCUGCCUCAGGCAUCGCGCUAUCGAAACAAGGAUGAAAACUUUUAUAAGUACAUUAAUGGAACGCCUAAUUACACCCCUGUCUGAGCGCGCCGACGAAUGGCGUCGUGGCUGCAACACGGGCGCGUUGGGACGCGAACACGCCCGCGAAUGUAAGCGGGCACGCGCGGAACUGAGACGCAGGAUGCACGAAGCACAGAGACAGACAAGGAAGGCGAGACGUGCAACGCCCGAUAUGAAAAGAAGGAAUGACGUGUCUAUGCAGGAUAUCCAAGAGCGGCAAGAGCAGCUAGAGGAGAUGGAAGAGAAAGCUGUCAAAGCAGCGUUUAUAGAAGAGAGGAGCCGCUUCUGUCACUUCGUGUCGUUACUCAACCCUGUCGUGGAGAGUGAAGUGGCCAUGCUAGCGGAAGUGGGGCAUUUGCAAGAAGGAACAGAGCAGUUAGCGCGACACACUUCGGAGCCUAGAAGUUUACCACCUGCUAGUUUACAGGUGAUUUGCGACGUCAAGUGCUGCUCAAGUGGAUGGGGCAGUGGCACCUGCCCAUCGCCCGUUGCCUCCAGAGUGGGCAGUCGCAAGUCAUCGUUGACAUCCAUCUGCUCGCUUAGUGUUUCCCACUCCGAACGACGCGAUUCGCAAAGCUGCUCGACGCCCGUGUCCAAUGCAUCAUCAGGUGAUACCACUCCAGCACCACCUGACGACUCCCUGAAUGGUAUUACACAGUCCCCAUUCCGGAUGGCGAGCGUGUGCAGCUCGGAUUCCGGUUUCCGAUCACAGGACGCACUGCAGCGACCUUCGCUUUACGUUGAUAAUGGCUCUGAUAAUCAAAGCGUGAACAGUGAAUGCCUAACAACAAAAACCAGUGACGAUCAAACCGACGACGGACAUGAUAUUAUGAAUGCUGCAUCAGCGACCUGGCCAGACCUGAAAGAUACAGCGCAGUUCGAACGAGCCGCUUCAGCUAUAAUGGGUGGAAGACCUCAUACCAUAUCAGCUGGCUCGGAGCGCAUUCACGGACGUCCUGCAUUAAGCGUACACACGUUCACGCCUACGGACACGCCAAGGGACACGCCCAUUUAUGCAAGACCGCCUUUGCCCACUAGAUGUUCAUCAUUGGAGAGACCGAUAGUACCAAGCAAGUCCAACUGUAUGCUUCAUAGCGAGAUGAAGCCAAAACCGUCUUCUUUGCCUCCACAUCUGACUAAAGAAAUGCCGCAAGCUCUGUAUGUGAAUAUGUCAGAACUGGCAACUAUGGCGGCGUCGCGGGCGCAACAACAUAACUCAGAAUUUCCUCAACAAGAAAAGGUUUGCUCGGAAUCCAGUGCCAGUGAAUCGUCUCUGGAAUCGUCAAGUGGGUACGGAAGUCAAGGUGCCUUCGCGGCGGAAGACCAUGGUCAUCACCAGCCAUCUCACCCUGAUGUUGCGUCGGAGAUAGUGACGUUGCGACGCGACGACAGCGUCGCGGCCGCUCGAGAGAGCUUCUCGAUAUCGCUGGGAAGUCUGGAAGAAGCGGUCAGGUCCUUGGAUGAAGCCACCGAAACGCCUACGUUUGCGACUAUAGGGAAGAAACCGGCCGUGCCUAAGCGACGACCUGUUUCUAUGAAUGCAGCUCCAACGGUAUGGUCCCGCCGUGGAUCAUCCAGUUCUGUGGGCAAACCGCCUCCACCUGUCAGAAGAUCUUCAUCCAUCUCAAGACCUCAGAGACCUUACGUUCAGAACGUUCAGAAUCAAGUGAGCUCUAACGACGCGGAUAACUUGCCCCCACCUCCGGCUUUCCUCUUGCAGCCUGAUCAUGAUGCAAAUACAGCACCUGCUGGCAUAAACGUAGCAGAAACAGUAAAACAGUUGACGGAAUUAAAACACAUGCCGGCCUCACCCGGCCUUUUACGACGUACAAUUAAUCAAAAUGUCCAAAAUCAAAACUACGAUAGCCAAUUAAGCACGUUCCAUCAAGCGAAGAACAACUUCAGUGGGAAUUUGAACCCUAUUUACGGGCAGACAGGGCACAGAAUUGUGGAGUUCGAGAAUUCUGUGUACGCCAGAAAGAAUAGCUUGAAUAGCUCGCAUUCGGAUUUAUUUAGGGAUGGACAUACGGGCCAUAUGUACGGCGAAAUCAAAGAAUCUCAAGCUUCAACUCCGUCUACACCCAGCGUCGGAGAGAACUCCUUCACCAGCUUUGGGCCCAGGGUUCAUAACGACUCGCAUUACGGUCAGACAGGUUUCAAGUUGAAGCAAGAAACUCGGUUUGGCGGUAUAUACGCGCAGCCCGGCUCUACUCGCUCACAUAGCGCCGACAGACACGCCGCUACGAGCGGUUUAAUCGCGAGUCUAAGCGCUAAACUGGGUCCGCAGUUGUCCCCUAGGACAGGUCGAAGGACUAUUUCCAGCAUCACACCGGCGGACGGACAUAAACCAAAAACGGUGCCGGCAGUCAUCCAGCCGGCGUUCCUGGACAAGUUGUCAGCCACUAUACAAAACCAACGACGUCAGUUAUCCACUACCAGAGCCAGCACUGUCAGGGAUCUCAUCAAUACGCAUGCGCAGCCGGAUCCGCGCGUCUGUCACACGUCCCUGAUGGAGCAAAUAAAACGCGGUGCAACACUACGGAGGAACAAACUUUGCAACGAUCGCUCAGCGCCUAAGAUACGUUAAUAUCGAUAUAUCACAACACUAUUUACAGCUUUUAUUCUCAGCAAAAUGUGUAAAAAUAUUUGUUUUUAUUUUGUAGAACAAAGUUUUUUUCCAACCUUCGUUAAUGUAACAAUUUGUUAUUUAUUUCUGGAAUUUAUUAGACAAUAUAAUCGAUUUAUUGGAUCCGAACAUAGAGACCUGUCAAUUGUCAAUGGUUUGACAGAUCCAUUUUUACGAACACCGCGAGCGUUCUAAUUGUAUAUUGUAUCACAUACGCCAAACUUGUAUUUAUUAUGUCUAAAUGUGAUUUUGAUUAGUUGUCCCUUUCUAAUUGAAUAAAAAAGAAGGAGAUAGCAUUAUGUUAAUUAAAUUAGGUUUAAAUAAUAUUGGUGUUUUGAACUUUGUAAACUGAAAAUAACAGUUUUAACAAUUAUUUCGUAUAACCCAAUUUUCGGAAAUUAAUCUUAUUAAUUGGUUAAAAUUAAUGACGAAAUAUUGAAUUCAAAUAAAAAUAAAAUGGAUAACCGAGUAAUGAUUGACAAUAUAAUUAAUGAAAAAAAUCAUAAAAAAUAGCACGUUGACAAUAUGUUAUAUAUUAUUAAUAACAUUUACAUUCUUAUAUAUUGAAACGUCUAUUUACAUAUUAUCUGUGUCUAUAUCAUCUUUAUAGAGAGUCCUUUGAUAUAAGAUUUCCUAUCGCAUGUUUUUACACAGGCAUUCUUAACACAAAAAUAUCGAUAGCUUUUCAAUCGUACAGGUUUCAAUAUAUUACUAACGUUUCGUAGAUUUUUCAUGUAAAUAACGGAUGAAAAGUCGUCGCAACUACUAGUAUGGAUACAAAACAGGGCUUAAGUUUUUGACAAUAAUUGAUUUACAUCAUACAUACGAACAGUUUGGAUGCCGGACGCAUAUUGACGUAUACCAAGCGUAUAUGCUGCUCUAAUUUCUAUUAAAAAUUUACUCUUACUAUUCGAAUACGUUUACUAUACGAUUUACGUUUUUGUGCUAAGAAUGCGGGUAUCAAAACAAUUGUAUAGCUUUUGUAAAAAUAUUGUCGGUGUUUCGAAAUUUUUUUCAAAUUACUAAAAUGUUUGUACUUACUCAAAUUGAAUGUCCAUAAAAUUUUCCAGUUAAAUCUGGUCUUAGGCCCGUAUUCAAGACUCAAUAUUCAAGAGUUGUCAUAUACAUUUGACAAUACUCAAAACGACUUGGCAUACAAUGAAUUUGAGUAUGGGCUUAAGUUUUGAUACCAGAUUUUUGAUAUGGGUUUAAAAAAAUAAUGUACCAGGCGUAAAUUUCAACGUUAGACUAAUAAAACUGUCCAUUAAUGUAAUCUUUGUACGAUGUUAUUUCGAAUUGAUACUAAAUUUCGUCUAAAUUGUAUAAUUAUUAUGAAAAUGUGUCAAAAUAAUUUUAUAUGUAGAAUGUUCAUAUCAAAUUUAAUUAGAACACGUGUCCGUACAAAACGCUAAACCCAAAUAUUUACUUUUGUUGAUAUAUCUGAAUUCUCAAUAAAUAUACAAAUUAAUGGAUUUAAACAAUUUAAACACAACUUAACAAUUAAUUUCCAUAUACCCUCCUUUUCAUAAAAAAAACUAAAUCACACAAAUUUAACGAAAGUAUUGUUUUUUCAUCACAGAAUAUGGAUAGAAAGGAACAAAUUAUUUUAAUUAGUUCAAUACUAUUUUUUUUUAUAAAUGGGAGGGUAUGUCGAUAUAUUUGUUGUCUUAACGAUAUUUUAUUUCCAAUUUAAUUAAAGAAAUAUUAGAUAAAAAAUUUAUAGAACGCUAAUUUAUUUAUUUUUUUUACGCGAAUAGUUUAGUAAUAGACAACGUUCCUUUGCAGCUAUGGCUUCACUUGUGACUGGGUCAAAUUUAAGUUGGAUCGGUGUAAAUUGUGUGCUUUUAAGUUCAUAUAUAAAACGCAAUGUAUUUCAAACCUCAAUUAGUUUUCUCAUUUCUUAGAAAUGUCGAAAAUUCAUUUUGUGCUUUGGGUUUCUUGAGGCAGUUUGCUGUGGACCACCUCUUUGUGGAACCAGCUGCCCACUGAAGUAUUUCCAUAGCAAUUUCACUUCACGCCGGCAACACACUUGCAGGCAUUCUUGCAAUUUGAGUGUCCAUGGGCACUUAACAUCAGAUGAGCCUUCUGCCCGUUUGCCUCCUAUUACAUACAAAAAAUCAAAACUGAAUUCAAUUUUUUUACUAAUAUACUGUUUCUUUCCGUCAAAUCGUAUUUACGCUAUGGUGAAAUGACAAAGUAAUUUUUGGAAAUUGUGCAAGGAGGUGUGAUUUUAAUAAUUAAAUAAUUGUGGCUUAAAGUACAUUGAAGAUCAUAUUUAUUACGGGCAGGUUCAGAGACAAGUUCUCUUAAGUCAAAAUCUCGAAUUUAAAUUUUAUCUUAGUUCUAUUGUCAUACUAUAAAAGUGGUUCGAUACCACCUGAAACUAUAUUGUUUAUCACUAAAUAUAUUUAUAUAAUACUUUCAAAUGUCGUACGAUAGUGACAGACGAAAGUUUAUAAUCAAAAUUGUCUCUGGAUCCGUUUGAUUAUUUUGUAUGAGCCACGCAAGUGAAGUCGUUGCCCAACGCAUGUUUAUAUGUUCCCAUGUAAGUGUAUUUAUAACAUAUCUUUGUAAAUCUACGGUGAAUGCUUUGGUAGGUUUAGGACAGGUUAGAUUAGAUUGAUUGCGCAUGUAACUGACAGAUUGAAAUAAAUAAUGUCCC